CCCCAUUUUACCUCCUUGACAUAUCCUAGAGGCUAUCACUCUUCACACCCACCAAGUACUUCGAUCUUGAUAAUCACAUCGCUACCGAGGUCACUGGCACGUUCAAGAAGCUAUUCCCAACGACCUCUCCACUGAUCACCUAAUACAUACACGAUGGCUAAUAAGCCCAGCGUCUUAUUCGUCUGCGUCCACAAUGCCGGUCGCUCCCAAAUGGCCGCUGGCUACCUGAGCCACUUCGCCGGCAGCACCAUUGAAGUCCGUUCCGCCGGGUCGGCCCCAGGCGACUCCAUCAACCCCGUCGUCGUCGAGGCCAUGCUCGAAGAAGGUAUCGACAUCAGCGACCAAAAACCGAAGGUUCUAACCACCGAUGCGAUUCAAGCCAGCGACGUUGUCAUUACUAUGGGUUGUGGCGACGCCUGCCCCUUCUUUCCUGGAAGACGCUAUCUCGACUGGAAGCUUGACGACCCUGCCGGCGAAGGCUUAGAUGCCGUACGGACUAUCCGACAGGAAAUUCGUCAGCGCAUUGAGGGUCUUAUUGCUGAAAUCCAGUCUUCGAGUUGAUGCCGCUUGAGAGAGGAUGUAUAGUGGGCCAAUGGGCAGCUGAACAGCCGCAGUGGCCGUUUGCCAGCUUCAUUCACUGUAUCCUGUACCUCCAAGUCAUAUUUGUACAAUGAGUGAUUGAAAACACACGGCUCUACAUAUUCCACUGCUCGGGGGGAAAUAGUAUAUGUCAGAGCUACUACCAUGUACGGCAAAAGAAAUAUCCC